AACGUGGACGCCAACCAAAACCCACCCCGCCCGGUCACGCACCAUAAAUACUCGGCUGCCUGCCAUCCGACCACGGACGGGACGGACCUCCUUGCUUCUUUCUGAGUUUCUUUCCUCGCCACCCCGGCCGCGCUGCCCAUCCAUCCAUCGCCGCGCGAUCCGUCCAUGACCUCGCCUCCCACUGCUCCUCCCGCAUCUCACUAACUCAUCGCCAUCGCCUUCCCUUGGCUCCUCGAUCGCCUGCGUGUGUAUAUAGGCGGCCUGCCAGUGCGUGCCGCCCAGGAGCAGACCGCCAUGGCGGUGGACCUGCAGCGCCUGCGCCACAUGCUGCUCGCCACCGGCGGCGGCCACCACCAGCUCGCCGGCCGGCCGGGCGCCCCCACCGCCGUUAUGACUGGGCCUUGCUACGGCGCCGGCGCGACGGGCCAGCAGCUUGGGUGCCAGCCGUACGCGGACGUCUUCACGCCGCCGCCCCCGACGAUGUCGGCCGCGGACCAGUACUCGGAGUUGCUGGCGCUGGCCGCGGUCGAUCUGCUGAGAAAGGGCGACGGCGCCCAGGAAAUGACCUCCGGCAACAAGCGGAGGCGCGUCGACGAGGGGGCGUCCUCGUCGGUGCUCGGCCAAGUCCUUGCGGCCCACGCGCAGCAGCAGGCCGUCGCCGUCGACCACAUCCUGCACAGACAUGCGAGAAAGAUGUGGGCUGCUCUGGCGGAGCAGCGGCGGAGCCACCUGCGGCUCAUCGUCUCCGCCGUGGAGGCCAGGGCGGCGAAGCGGCUCAAGGCCAAGGACGACGAGAUCGAGCGGGUCAGGGGCAUGAACUGGGCGCUGGAGGAGCGCCUCCGGAGCCUCUACAUGGAGGCGCAGAUGUGGCGCGACGUCGCGCAGUCCCACGACGCCGCCGCCAGCGUGCUCCGCGCCGACCUGCAGCGGGUGCUCGACGCGCAGGCGGUCCGCGGCGGCGGAGACGGCCAGGACCAGGACGACGCCGAGUCGUGCUGCUGGGGGGAGAACCAGGCGCCCGUCUGCGCGGAGGAGGAGGAGGCCGAGGUGGGCACGCCGGCCCCGACGGGAGUCGGAAGGUGCAAGGGGUGCGGCGACGGCGCGGCCGUCGUGCUGCUGCUGCCGUGCCGGCACCUCUGCGUGUGCGCGCCGUGCGCGGCCUCGGCGCAGGCGUGCCCGUCGUGCGGAUGCGCCAAGAACGGCAGCGUCUGCGUCAACUUUUCGUGAUGAUGCCGGGGGAAUAGUUUUAGAGUAGGCUCGACUUUUCUUUCUUAGCUUUAUUUUCUUCAUCUUUCUUUUUUGUUCCCCUUCUUUUGUUCAGUUUAGCUUUUUGCUCAAACUGUUGGAUCAGUUGUUCAACAAGAACAAAAAAACAGUCCGUAGUAGUGUUGCAUAUCAAUGCUUGAAAUUAAAUACAUAGAUUAGAAUUUGAACAAGAUA